UAUUAGUUUGCUUCCCUGCUCUUGAGCUGAGCUGCCCCCGCCUAUGUAUUUGGAAUCGUAAGAAAACUCUGAGCCUGUCAAGAAAACAUAUUGAAGUGGAAUUUUCGACAAAAAAAGCCCUAAAGGGAAGAUUUUUUAAAAAAAUUUUAAAUCUUAGGGCUGUACCUCACUUCCGUACGCUUCCGGCGCGUCGGCGCUGACGCAACAGCAACCUUUUAGCCGCGCCAUCUGUCGCGUGGAGUGGCGUUAUUUGGCCUCCAAACGGUGUUUCUCGAGGGCCGGCGAAGGCUCGGCUGGAGCUUUUCUCCGUGACGACGCUGCGGGCCAGGCUCGGCCUUCCUCGGUCGCCGCCAUGAUGAGGCGCAGCAGGGCGGAGGUGGACCGCUACGUCUCGUCGCUGCUGGCUUCGGCCCCUUCUCCCAGGGAGAAAUCCAUGAAGGGAUUCUUUUUUGCUAAACUAUACUAUGAAGCAAAGGAAUAUGACAUUGCUAAAAGGUACAUAUCUUCAUAUCUCAGUGUCCAAGAAAGAGACCCCAAGGCACAUAGAUUUUUGGGGCAGCUCUGUGAAGCUGAAGAUAAUAUAGAGAAAGCUAUUGGGUGUUACAAGCGUUCAGUGGAACUGAAUCCAACACAGAAAGAUCUUGUGUUGAAGAUUGCAGAGCUGUUAUGCAGCACUGAUAUUAUUGAUGGAAGAGCAAAAUACUGGGUCGACAGAGCGACCAAACUGUUUCCUGGAAGCCCUUCCAUUUUCCGAUUGAAGGAGCGUCUGUUGGAUUGCAGUGGGGAAGAUGGUUGGAAUCAGCUUUUUGAUUUGAUUCAGUCUGAAUUGUAUGCCAGACCAGAUGACAUAUAUGUUAACAUCAGACUAGUAAAGCUAUACGUGUCCAAUAAAAGACUAAGGGAUGCUGUGGCACAUUGUCGGGAAGCAGAGAGAAAUAAUUUUUUACAGUCAAGCUUGGAAUGGUGCUUGUGUGUUGUACAGACUCUUAAGGAAUAUCUGGAAUGUAUAAAAAAUUCUGAGUCUGAUAAAGCUAAUUGGAAAAGAACCCACCGGGAUCUAUUGUUGGCAUACUCUAAUCUGGUUGCAAUGAUGCUUUCAAACAGAGAUGUGAAAGAGAGCAGAGAAUCCCUCGAAAGCUUUGAUCAUACACUUUAUUCAGUGAAACAACAUGUAACCAGGGAUGAUGAGCUGUCUGUAACCUUCCUGGAAAUGAGGGGCCACUUCUACAUGCAUGCUGGAACUCUGCUCUUAAAAAUGGCCCAGCAAAGUGAAGUGCAGUGGAGAGCAGUUUAUGAAUUGGCAGCAUUGUGUUACCUUAUAGCUUUUCAGGUUCCCAGACCAAAGGCAAAACUAAUAAAAGGAGAUCAAGCUGAACAAGCGAAGUUGGAAACGUUAGCUUGCGACCGACAAAGCCAAUCUGGCCACAUGCUGCUAAACCUUUGUCAUGGCAAGCAAGACUUCUUCAAGGAGAUUGUUGAAUCAUUUGCAAACAAGAGUGGGCAGUCUGUCUUAUUUGAUGCACUGUUUGGGACUGACGCUUGUAGAAAGAGUUCCCUCCUUGGUACUGAUGAUAUCCGAAAUGUUGGUGUACAAGCACCAGAAAACAUGGAGCUAACGAGAUAUGAUAUUGGUGCCAUUCGGUUGCACAGUGGCAGUCUCCAGCACCUUACAUGGCUUGGUCUGCAGUGGAGAUCCAUGUCAACUUUGCAAGCCAUUCGCAAGUGGCUAAAGCAGAUUUUUCAUUUGCCUCAGGAAACAUCAAGGCUUGAGACCAAUGCUCCUGAAUCAGUUUGCAUACUGGACCUGGAAGUAUUUCUACUUGGAGUGAUAUUUGCCAGCCAUUUGCAGUCCCAGGAAACCGAGAAGUAUAACACUCUGUACACUGUAUACCAGCCUCAGUUUCUGCCGUUGCCUGUAUGCAAACAACUUUGUACUGACAGGCAGAGAGAUUGGUGGGAUGCUGUUUAUAACCUUGUUCACAAACGGGCUGUGCCUGGGACAGCAGCAAAAAUGAGGCUUAGAGUCCAGCAUGAAAUAAGCAACCUAAGAGCCUUGGGAAAACAUGGACUUCAGCCAGCUCUAAUUAUCCACUGGGCAAAAAGUCUUCUUAAAACGGGCUGUAGCCUUAAUUCUUUUUAUGACCAAAGGGAAUACAUUGGACGCAGUGUGUAUUAUUGGAAAAAAGUUUUGCCAAUGCUUGAGACAAUCAAGAAAAAGAAAAGCAUUCCUGAGCCUGUUAAUCCUUUGUUCAAGCAUUUUCACAGUGAAGAUAUUCAGGCUUCCCACGUUGAAGGAUAUCAAGAGGAGGCACACAUAGCAUUUGCUAUAUUGGACGCUGUUGAUGGAAAAACAGAUGAUGCUAUGCAAGCAUUUGAAGCUAUUAAAAACGUUGUCUCAUACUGGAAUCUUGCCCUGAUUUUCCAGAGGAAAGCUGAAGAGAUGGACAAUGAUGGUAUGUCACCAGAAGAACAAGAAGAAUGCAGGAAUUGUCUAAAGAAAAGCAGAGACUAUCUCAUAAAGAUAAUUGAUGAAAGCUGCACAGAUACCUCAGUAAUGGAAAAGUUACCUGUAUCUGUAGAAACGGUUAAGGAGAUGUUAGAAGGGGUAUUGCAAGAACUUGGGGACAACGGUGAAGAAAGGAGUUCUGCCUUAAACAAUGACUUAAACCAUCCAGCUGAAAUGGAAAUUAAACAUUCUACACCAUCACCCACAAAAUUCUCACUGUCUCCAAGUAAAAGCUACAAGUUCUCUCCCAAAACUCCUCCUCGCUGGGCAGAGGACCAAAAAUCUCUACUUCAGAUGCUCUGUCAGCAAGUAGAAUCUAUCAAGCACGAGAUGCAAGAACUGAAACUUAAUAAUUCAAACUCAAACAUUUCCCAUCGGUGGCCUGCUGAAAGCUAUCCAACAGAGACAAUGUCAGAUGGCUAUCAAGGAGCACAGAACUUUCAUGGAGCACCAUUAACUGUUGCUACAACAGAUCCAUCGGUCUACUACAACCCAUCUCCAGCUUCCCAGUACCUUCUACGAACAGCAGCCACUAAUGCGACUCCCACAAAGGCUCCUGUCUGUACGAUGAAUAGACUGACACCUCAGCAACAUAUAUACACCUAUCAACAGCCGAUGCAUACUCCUCCACUACAGAAUACUUCUGCUUGUAUGUUUUCACAAGACAUGUAUAGUACUCCACUGCGUUUUGAUUCUCCUUCAACUGGAAUUCUGUCUCCUCGUGGUAAUGAAGGCUAUUACAAUUAUGGUGUUCUGCCAACAAAUACGAACCCCCCACUCCCUGAGCCAGGCUACUUCACCAAACCUUCAGCAGCGCCUCCAGUUCCAAGAUCUGCAGAGUCAAAGGUGACAGAGUUUGGAAAGCCUAACUUUGGACAGCCUAUACCAGCAGAGGGAGCAAAGCCACCUUCGUUGAUAGGCCCAGCUCAGUCUAGUCAAUCCACUACAUUCAAAUUUAAUUCCAAUUUCAAAUCUAAUGAUGGAGAUUUUACUUUUUCAUCACCUCAGGUUGGAGCGCAACCGCACAGUGCACCGUAUAAUAACAGCGAUAGUCUUUUGGGUCUUCUGACAUCAGAUAAACCUAUAAAAGAAGAUCGCUAUAUAGGACAAAAGCUUGCUGGUGAACAUGCCGCUGGGCAGCGCAGUAUCUUCAGCUUUGGUAUCAAGAAUACUUCAGGCAUUUCAUUCGUAGAAAAAAUGGGCCAGAACCAACCCAAACCCUGUGGUUUCAUUAAGGGAGAUGGAUUCAGCUUCCAAGAUCUUGGCAAGCCUAUGUUUGGUACUCCAAAUUCAGAUGUAGUGAACAGAAGUCAUGAAACAGAUGGCGGAAGUACCCAUGGUGUUGAAGAAGAAGAAGAUGGGCCUCAUUUUGAACCUGUUGUGCCACUGCCUGACAAGAUUGAGGUAAAAACAGGUGAGGAAGAUGAGGAGGAAAUUUUCUGCAACAGAGCUAAACUCUUUCGUUUUGAUGCUGAAUGCAGAGAGUGGAAAGAGCGGGGCGUUGGCAAUGUGAAGAUUCUGAGGCAUAAAGUCACUGGCAAAAUCCGAUUGCUGAUGAGGCGAGAGCAAGUGUUGAAAAUCUGUGCAAAUCACUACAUAAGCCCUGAAAUGACUUUGAUACCAAAUGCUGGUUCAGACAAAUCAUUUGUUUGGCAUGCUUUAGAUUACGCAGAUGAGUUGCCGAAACCUGAACAACUGGCAAUCAGAUUUAAAACCCCAGAAGAAGCUAUGCUAUUCAAGAGCAAAUUUCAGGAGGCUCAGAAAAGUUUGAAGGACCCUGGACCGAUUGUUAGUGAACAGGCUACUCAAAAUAUUGGGCCAAGAGAAAUAACUCACGACGCAAAGGAUUCUAGUAAACCUGAUCCUGGGUUCCAUUUUAAGAGCGGUACAUCCUCUGUCAGCGGUGGCAGCCAAGGUUCAGGCUCUAAUAUGAACAAUACAGCAAAAAAUGCUAAUACCAAAAGUACAUUUACAGUUUCAUCAACUGGGUCUACACCUGCCUCCUUUUCCUCUGACAAGGGAGUUCUGGCAACACACGCAGCGCAUGGAUUCGGUGACCGGUUUGCACUAAAGAAAGAUGAGUGGGACUGCAACGUCUGCCUGACUAGAAAUAAAGAAAGUGCACAGAAAUGUGUAGCAUGCGAGAGUCCAAAGCCAUUCGAUAAAACAUCGCUAGCUGUGACUUCUCAGACAGAACCUGCUUUAGUUUUCAAACCGAAUGCUGAAAAUGCACAGUGUACCUUUGGACCUUUGCCUGCUAAGACAGAAAAGCAGUGGGAAUGCCAGGUCUGCUCUGUAAGAAACGAAGCCAGUGCAUCGCAUUGUACCGUCUGCAAGAUUCCCAGUGGAACUAAUGCACCAGCCUUUGGUGCUCAAGCAAAGUUCAACUCUGGCCAAACAGAUGCUCCAAAGGUUCAACAGAGUGACUUUGGGGCUGCUUUCUUUAAAAAGGAAGGUGAAUGGGACUGCAGUACAUGCUUGGUACGAAAUAAAGCUUUUUCUUCAACGUGUGAAGCUUGUCAGGCUCCAAAUCCAUCCAGUCGUGCUCCAUCCCUGCCUGUUAAUACUGCGCCUCCUACGUUUGGCUUCAAAAGCAAGUUAUCAGAACCCAGCAAAGGACCUCUGGAGACCGGUUUCAAGAGCAACUUUUCAGAACAAGGUUUCAAAUUUGGCCACUCUACAGAGCAAGAGAAAUCUUCUUCCUUCAUGUUUCAAAUUCCUUCUAGUGUAGAAACUAAGCCGAUGAAGAGUGGAUUUAAUUUUUCAAUGCCUGCUCCUGCGGGUGGAUUCAAAUUUGGGAUACAAGAACCUAGCAAAGAUGUUGCAAAAGAUGAACAGAAUAAAGAAGGUAACCUGGUUGAAAAGAACUCCAAGGGAGGCGGUGGUGAAAAAUCUCAGGAUUCGUCUAGCAAAGAGAGCAGCAGUUUAGUUUUUGGCCAACAUAGCAGCACUUUCACUUUUGCAGAUCUUGCAAAAACAUCAGCUGGCGAAGGAUUUCAGUUUGGUACAAAAGACCCACAUUUUAAAGGGUUUACAGGUGCAGGCGAAAAACUCUUUUCUUCUCAGGCUAAAUCUCCUUCCAAAGCAAGUUCCUCUGGCGAUUUUGGCAAGGAGGAGGAUGCAUAUAAAACAGAGGACAUUGAUGACAUUCAUUUUGACCCGGUUGUCCAGAUGCCUGACAAAGUGGAACUUGUCACUGGAGAAGAGGAUGAGACCGUGUUAUACUCACAAAGGGUGAAAUUGUUUCGGUUUGAUGCAGAGACGAGCCAGUGGAAAGAACGGGGUGUCGGCAACUUGAAAAUUCUGAAGAAUGAAGUUAAUGGCAAGCUGCGGAUGCUCAUGCGACGUGAACAGGUGCUGAAGGUCUGUGCAAACCACUGGAUCACAACCACCAUGAACCUGAAGUCCCUCUCUGGCUCAGACAAAGCGUGGAUGUGGCUAGCCAGUGACUUUUCUGAUGGUGAUGCAAAGUUGGAGCAAUUGGCAGCUAAAUUCAAAACUUCAGAGCAGGCUGAGGAAUUCAAACAUAAAUUUGAAGAAUGUCAAAGGCUGCUGCUGGACAUACCACUCCAAACCCCACACAAACUUGUGGACACUGGGAAAACAGCCGAGCUCAUCCAGAAAGCAGAAGAAAUGAAAAGUGGAUUGAAAGAUCUCAAAACCUUUCUGACAGAUGACAAAACUAAGCUUGCAGAUGAAGAAAACAGGAAUUCUGUUUCUGCUGCUAGCCCUUCUGACUUGAUUAUAAAGCCACAUGCUGACAGCACUGGACCUACAUUAGAAUGGGACAACUAUGACUUGCGUGGGGAAGCACUGGAAGAUGGCACCAAUAAUUCAGUUUAUGCAUUGCCUCGGGCCAGUAGCCCUGUGAGGAAAAAUCUGUUUCGGUUUGGCGAGUCUACGGCAGGAUUUAACUUCAGCUUCAAAUCUGCUCUGAGUCCUUCAAAGUCUCCUUCCAAGCACAACCAAAGCAGGACUUCAGUAGGCACAGAUGAAGAGUCUGAUGUAACCCAAGAGGAUGAAAGAGAUGCUCAGUACUUUGAACCAGUGGUACCGUUACCUGACCUUGUAGAAGUAACAAGUGGUGAAGAAAACGAGCAAGUGGUCUUCAGUCACCGAGCCAAGCUCUAUAGAUACGAUAAAGAUGCCAAUCAGUGGAAGGAGAGAGGUAUCGGGGAUCUGAAGAUCUUGCAGAAUUACGACACUAAGCUAGUUCGCAUAGUCAUGAGGAGGGACCAGGUAUUAAAGCUCUGUGCCAAUCACAGAAUAACCCCAGACAUGAACAUCCAGCAAAUGAAGGGGACAGAGAGAGCAUGGGUGUGGACUGCGUGUGACUUUGCUGACGGGGAAAGAAAAGUGGAGCUCUUGGCUGUGCGAUUUAAGUUGCAAGAUGUUGCGGAGUCCUUUAGGCAGAUUUUUGAGGAAGCAAGAUGUGCUCAAGAAAAAGACACUUUAAUUACACCUCUGUGUUCGCGCACGAAUACUCCAAAAGAAUCGCCAUGUGGAAAAAUGGCUGUUGCUGUAUUGGAAGAAAUCACCCGGGAGAGAACGGAUUUAAACCAAAAGGAAGAGAUAGUUGACGAAACGGUCGAAACAUCAGAAGUGCCCAGUGCUUCUGAGGUGCCAACAAAAGCAGUGGUUUCGCCACCCAAAUUUGUGUUCGGCUCAGAAUCCGUCAAAAGUAUUUUUAAUAAUGAGAAGUCGAAGCCUUUCACAUUUGGAAACACGUCAGCAACAGGAUCUUUGUUUGGUUUCAGUUUUAAUUCUCCCAAGAGCCCGAAUGAUAGUUCAGGAUGUCCAACUACAGCACAGAAAGAACCAGGGCACACAUUUGGCAGUGUGAAAUGCAGAACUGCCGGGCGUCGGGAAGAUAGUGGCUGGAAGCACUCUUAUGGCAAAGAAGUUCAGAUGGCGACUUCUAAAAUGGAUGAACUUGCUAACUUUUCAUUUAAAAUACCAGAAAAAGGGUUAAACUUUAGCCUUUUUAAGUCUAACCCAAUGGCCUUUUGGACCAGCACAUCUCCCACUCCACCUGGUAGUAAAGCUGAGAUUAAGAAGGAACCGGAUGAUGUUACUUCAGAUGAUGUAUUGAUUGUAUAUGAGUUGACACCCACUCCUGAACAAAGAGCUCUUGCAAACUCACUCAAAUUACCACCAACAUUCUUCUGCUACAAGAACAAGCUUGACUAUCUGAGUAGUGGGGAUGAUGAUGAUGAUGAUGAGGACUAUGAAACAGCAGUGAGAAAUCUUAAUGGAAAGUUAUAUCCUGAUGAACCUAAAGAAUCAAGGCCAAAGGAAACUGAAGCAGGUAUCACAGGAGAAAAUGAGGCAGAAAGUGGGAGUGAGUGUGUUCUAGUCUGGGAAAAGAAACCGACUCCUGAAGAAAAGGCUAAAGCAGAGAUGCUGAAGCUUCCUCCAACAUUUCUUUGUGGCAUUAGCAGUGACACUGAAGAAGACGAUGGCAACCUGGAAGACUUCCAAAGAGAGCUUAGAAAAAUUCAAGAAACUAAAGAAGCUCAAACAGGUGAAGUCACAAGUUCAGUUGAAAUUAGGACCACUGAGGAAGGAGCACCUGUUGCAGCCACCAGUGGAAAUGAAGAAUUGCACUCUGCUACAGAAUCUAUACAAACGAUGCAGGCUUUAUUGGGAAGAGAUGAUACACCUGUUGAUUUGUCAAAGAAAAAAGAAAAUGACUUAAAUUCUGCAGCAUCUACCAACCAGGAAAACAAGCCUUUCUCUUUUGACCUUGGCAACAUACAUAGUGUGUCCUUUGCUGAUCUGGCUUCAAAUAAUUCUGGAGAUUUUGCUUUUGGCUGUAAAGACAAAAACUUCAAAUGGGCAGAUACAGGUGCAACUGUAUUUGGAGCUCAGCCAGCUUCUAAAGGAGAAAAUGAAGAAGAUGGGAGUGAUGAAGAAAUUGUACAUAGUGAUGAUAUUCAUUUUGAACCAAUAAUAUCUUUGCCAGAGGUUGAGGUGAAAUCUGGAGAAGAAGAUGAAGAAAUUCUUUUCAAAGAGAGGUCAAAACUCUACAGAUGGGAUAGAGAAGUCAACCAGUGGAAAGAACGUGGUGUGGGAGAAAUAAAAAUCUUGUUCCAUACACAGAAGAAAUACUAUAGAGUUUUAAUGAGAAGGGACCAAGUUCUUAAAGUUUGUGCAAACCAUGUAAUCACAAAAGCAAUGGAAUUAAAACCCUUGAAUACCUCAAACCACGCUAUGGUUUGGACUGCUACAGAUUAUGCGGAUGGUGAAGCUAAAGUAGAACAGCUUGCAGUCCGAUUUAAAAGUCAAGAACUGGCUGAUUGCUUCAAGAGGAGAUUUGAAGAGUGUCAAAAAAACUUAUCAGAGUUGCAGAAAGGCCAUGUAUCCCUAGCAGCAGAACUGUCAAAGGAAACUAACCCUGUGGUCUAUCUUGAAGUUUCUGCUGACAACGAACCUCUAGGUCGUAUAACUAUAGAAUUGUUUUCAAAUAUUGUUCCUCGAACCGCAGAGAACUUUAGAACACUGUGCACAGGAGAAAAAGGAUUUGGUUUCAGAAACUCCAUAUUUCACAGAAUAAUUCCAGAUUUUAUCUGUCAGGGAGGUGACAUCACUAACCAGGAUGGCAGCGGGGGACGAUCUAUUUAUGGAGUUGCAUUUGAGGAUGAAAACUUCGAAGUAAAGCACACUGGCCCUGGUUUACUGUCCAUGGCAAAUCGUGGCAGGGACACCAACAAUUCUCAGUUUUUUAUUACUCUAAAAAUGGCAGAGCAUUUGGACUUUAAGCAUGUUGUCUUUGGGUUUGUGAAGGACGGCAUGGAUGUUGUGAAGCAAAUGGAAUCUUUUGGCAGUCCUAAGGGAACAGUGUCAAAAAGAAUUGUGAUUACAGACUGUGGGCAAAUAUAAAAUUACUGUGACGUGUGUGCAUAGGGAAAGAAAUCAGGAUUCAUCAAAUCUAGAUGAAAUUAUGUUCAGUUUUUGAAAAGCUGAGCCCUUUUGAUGUAUAUAUGUAAAGUUACAGUUUAUAGCUGAGUACUUUUUAAAAGCGUUCUAAUUGAGUUUGCAUGUAAUGAAAUAAAAGUUUAAACUCUGGUAUUUCAAA